AUGGAGAAUGAGCUGUUCCAGAAGAUCCCAAGCUUGCAAGUGAUGAUCUGUCGCCAGUGCAAGCAUGGCGUACGACCGGUGGAGGUCGAGCGACAUCUGAAGCGGAAACAUCAGUUCAAGCAUCAAUCCGCCCACCAGUUGGCUCAGGCAGUCCAACAGUGGGAGGAUAUUGAACAGGACAGUGCGGCCAUCCAGAUCCCAUGCAUAUUGAACGACCCGCUGCCCAUCAUCCCCUGUGAACCCAAUGGUUUGUUAUGCCAACGACAGGACCCCCCGUGCCAUUAUGUGGCAUCCAGCAUGGACACCAUGCGAAAGCACUGGCGCCAGGUCCAUCAAUGGUCCCAACAGACCCGCCGUGGCCGGGUUGGCCAGAGAGAGCGCACACAAGGGGCCGCUGAGCUCCGGCGUUCAUUCACCACCGUAGCGUGGCAGCAGAUCUUCCCAUCGGGCCCGGGGUCCCAUUACAUCCAUAUCCGCUUCCCAGAGGGCCACCCACCCACCACCACCACCACCGCCCCCCGCGGACCAGGCCCAACGGGCCGUCGAUGCCAUCAUCACCGCAUGGGAUCAGGCUCGAACGGCCCAGGAACAACAGGCCGUCAUCCAGGCCGAUUGGAUCACCGAUGCUAA